UAUAGAGAAUACACGCUGUUUAAAUAUGAACCCGGAGGCUCCAGCUGGAGAGCGACACCCCCCCCCCCAGAGUUAAAUAUAGACACAACGUUGCAUAACAAGAGGGUUGUUUACACUCUUACCGCCUCAGCAUUAUGUUACACAUUUAAAAUCCUCGUUAAUCCAAAUUGGCUUGUCAAUUACACUGCAACACAACAACAACAACAACAACAACCAGGAGGCAUCAGACGUAGUAUCGUGUCUGUGUGUGUGUGUGUGUGUGUGUUUUAGCCCCCACUUGCUUUCUACAGUUCCCCGGAAUUGCUGUUAUUCAACGUGCUCGUGAUUUCUGCUUCUCCGCGGGAGGGCUGCUGGAGGAGCGUUGGCGGAAAAAAGAAAAAAGAAAAGAGGGGGCGUGGUCUGCUAGUUUUGAAUUAUUCGAGCAGCCAAUGGGGAGCGCCGCAGCCCCGCGACGGACAGGCACGGCCCCUGCAGCAGGCCCCGCCCCCCUAUGACUCGGUGUUUUAUUCUGUUUUUAGAGCAGCGGAGUCACGUGUUGUUUUUCUCCAGCAUCGGAGCAGUCUCUCCCCCGGUGCACUGUUGCUUCUACCGCGGCGGAGAGCGGACGCAGCUUUCUGCCAUGCAUUAGACAUUUUUGUUGUUUUCUUCUACUUAAAAAACGGCAUUUUGAAGAAGUGUCUUUUUUGUUGCUGCUGCAGGUAAAAACUAUUCUUUUUUUAAACGGAACAAGAAGAAAUGGCAAGUCCUCCGGCGACGGGAGGACACCUGUUACCGAGCGGCACGAGCGGCGUGAAGAAGUGCGGGUACCUGCGCAAGCAGAAGCACGGACACCGGCGCUUCUUCGUGCUGCGCGAGCCCACGGAGCGCUGCCCCGCGCGCCUGGAGUACUACGAGAGCGAGAAGAAAUGGAGGAACAAGUCCGCCGCCAAACGCCUCAUAACUUUGGACUCGUGCCUGUGCGUAAACAUGCGGGCCGACGCCAAACACAAGCACCUCAUCGCCCUCUACACCAAGGACGAGUACUUCGCGGUGGCGGCGGACAGCGAGCAGGAGCAGGAGAGCUGGUUCACGGUUCUGACCGAUCUCAUAGCCGAGGGGAAGUUGUACGACAGCCCCGCCUCCACCUCCUCUUUAGUGGGCUUUGAGGAAGCCAACUACGGGCUUAUUGCUCCUGCAACAGCUGCCUAUAAGGAGGUGUGGCAGAUCAACUUGAAAUCCAAAGGCCUGGGUCAGAUCAAGAACCUCACCGGGGUGUACCGGCUGUGCUUGUCCAGCAGGAGCAUCAGCUUCGUCAAGCUGAACUCUGACACCGCCGCCGUCUGCCUGCAGCUCAUGAACAUCCGGCGAUGCGGCCACUCGGACAGCUUCUUCUUCAUCGAGGUGGGCCGCUCGGCGGUCACCGGGCCCGGGGAGUUCUGGAUGCAGGCGGAGGACUCUGUGGUGGCGCAGAACAUCCACGAGACGAUCCUAGAGGCCAUGAAGGCCAUGAAGGAGCUGUCCGAGUUCCGGCCGCGCAGCAAGAGCCAGUCGGCCAGCACCAACCCCAUCUCUGUGCCCACGCGGCGCAACCUCAACAACCUCCCCCCCAGCCAGACGGGCCUGGUGAGGAGGUCGAGGACGAGGACGGACAGCAUGGCGGCGACGACCUCCCCCGGAAGGAAGUUCACGUCCUGUCGGAUUAGAACGGCGAGCGAGGGCGACGGGAGCGUGACCCUGUCCGUGUCCGUGCACGGGAGUCCCACCAGUCCAAAAGCUGGCAAUCACCUCAUCCGGUCCCACACCCUCAGCAGCGGGCGCACCUGCAGGAUGAUCGACUCCUCCUCAAACCUGCACCACAGCCGCUCCAUGCCGGUGCCCAACUCCCCGCCGGGCACCGGCCCCGUCGGCAUGUCUCCUAGGGGGGGGCCCCGCAUCCCCACUCCGGACAAAGCCAGGCGGCCUUUCAGCUGCAGCGCCUCCGGCUCCCUCGGUGACAAUGGCUUCAUGCUCUGCGAGGACUUCAGCUCCAGCCCGGGUGAACUCCGGUUCGUCCCCCUGACCCGCAGCAACACUCCGGACUCGCUGUCCAGCACGCCGCCGUCCCGUGACGGCAACGACCCGUGCGGCUACAUGAUCAUGGAGGGGGCGAACGGCAACCGGGCCGGCGGAGUCGUCGGCGGGGGCGACGAGGCUUACAGGAAGCGGACGCGCUCCCUCACCACGCCGCGCCAACAGCCGGUGGCGGCGCCGCUGUCGUCCGCCUCCCUGGACGAGUACACGCUCAUGAGGAUGGUCCACGGACAGAACUCUCACUCCGCCUCGCCCAAAGUGUGUUACCCCGAGGAUUACGGAGACGUCGAAAUCGGCUCGUCCAGGAGCUCCAGCAGUAACCUCGCCGACGACGGCUACAUGCCGAUGACGCCGGGCGUGGCGGCCCAGUCGGGCAAAGUGGACAACUACGUGUCCAUGAGCCCGAUGUGCGUCUCGGCGCCGAAGCAGAUCGUGAACCCUCGGGGGCAUCAGACCGACUCUCCCUGCAGCAGCUCGAUGGAGGACAGCGGCUACAUGAGGAUGUGGUGUGGCUCCAAGUCCUCCAUGGAGAGCCCGGACCGGCACGGCGAAUACAUGAACAUGUCGCCUGGGAACCCGCCUCCGCUCCAGACGCCCCCCGAUUACUACUUGGGUCUGCCGGCGGGGGAUCUGAGGUCGGUGUACCUGGCGCUCCCUGCUAAACUUCAGGCCUCCAAGAAUGAGGAAAGCAGCCAGUACGUGUUGAUGAGCCCUCAGAGUUCGAGGCCGAGGGCGGGGGAGUCUGACUAUUACUCGGUGAUGCAGCCCAGUGCAGCCGAUCCCUCCCCGGCGAGUCCCUCGGUGCCCUCGCCGGUCGGACACGGCCGAGCGGAGAACCUGGCCUACAGAGGGAGGCUCGGCAGGCCGAACCGGCUGUCCCUCGACACCCUGAGGACCCUGCCCAGCAUGAACGAGCACCCUCUGCCCGGAGAACCCCGGAACUCCGGAGAAUACAUCCACAUCGAGUUCGGCGGCGCCAGACUCUCCCCGUCCGCAGAGCGCCAGUCUUCUCCUUCAUCGCAGGCCUCCGGCGGUCGGGUCCCGGGGGGGAGGUCCUCCCUGGGAGACUACAUGAACUUGGAGCUGGGCUCGCGCUCAUCCAAGGAGGCCGACGCCCCCGCCCAACGCCUGGACGCGCUCCCAGAGCUUUCCAUGUGCUCGGAGGAGGACGGCGCGUGCCAUCUGGGUGGUGAGAGAGGGUCUCAGGGCCUCGGCGCCGAGGGGAAGAAUGACUACACUGAGAUGACAUUUGGGAUGACCAGCUUUCCUCCACAGCUUGUUCCUCAGAACGCAGCAAGCUGCCAGAGCAGGCUCUCUAUGGGAGACCAGGGAGUGCCAGAAGGCAUCGGGGUCUUCCUGCUCGAGGCCACCCCUUCCUCCCCCGUGGACCCCGACUGCUCCGCCAAGGUGAUCCGGGCCAACCCGCAGGGACGCCGGCGCCACAGCUCCGAGACCUUCUCCUCCACCGCCACGGUGACGCCGGUCUUCCCCUCGUUCGCCCGCGGCGACGCGAUGAAGCGGCACAGCUCGGUGGAGAACAUCUCGUCCCGGAGCAGCGAGGGCUCCGACGAGGAGUACGGCAGCCCCGAGAACCGGCAGGGCGCCGCCGCCGCGUACCCGGGCGGGCUGAACUACAUUGCCUUGAACCUGCUGGACAACAGGGAUGUGGAGAAAUGCGAAGACCUGGCCGGCUUCAAACCCACCAGCAGCUGCAAAGGGGGCCUCAGUGGAUUACACGGCUCCCCGUAUGUCUGCUUGGGCUUCAAGGAGACUGCAACCACUGCCAAAGACUGAAGGACUCCACCACCCUUUAAAUUGGCGUCUUCACCAUCUUGCUGCUCAGAAGAAAAAAAAGACACCACUUUAACUUCCACUGGGCUCUGUGGCCCUAGAAGACUGUCUGGACCCGGAGACACUAACACACACACACACACACACACUUAGGAAACAAGCAGGUCACUGUCCAUGCAUGUCAUGAAUUUUCGCUGAAGGCAGGACGGGUGUGUUUUUGUGUGAGUGGGUGGAUUGUUUUCGUCAUGUUUCCUGUGCUUUUAGAGGCCAUCUCACCUGUGACCCACAUUUUUGCACAAGCACAGUUACAAAGAUAGUCAGAGAGUAACACGACUCUUAAUGGAACCCAGAUACUAUUUAUUUACCUGAGGGCGGUUGUUAAGACUGCCGGUGUGAGUGCGUUUCUGAGACAAAGUACAACUAACUGGUACGGUGGUGAACAAAGAAACUUACCCUACAAAUGGCCGAGAGAGCGAGGAUACCAAGGUACACGGAGUAUAUAACUAUAUUUAGAUUAAUAUGUUAUUUAUUUUUGGAAGAUGAAUGUCUGAUAGGACCUACCGAUGCCUUAAUGUCUAUACUGUCCUUAUGUUUUCUAUGAAAUGAAAGAGAAAUAUUCUAUUACAAUAUGUGUGUUUGGACCUACAUCUCUAUAUUAUUAUUCUGUUGUGGAACUUAAAAUGCUUACUCGUAAAGAUAUUAGUUCAGAAAUAUAUGGUCCAGUGGGGCUGAUUGAGAUCUGAUUUAUCGUAUUGAUAUUAAAGUAUUUUCUUAAUUACUAAUUUCCUAUUUAUUCUAACCUAGUUUAUUUUUCGUCCAAUCAGGCGCUGGACUUAAAGAAUUAUAUUUCUAAAUGUCGUUAAGAGUUAUGCAUGUCUUUAUAACUCAGCUCAGACCCCACGACACCAUGCAUCUGAAUGCACUGUACCUCCCGCGGCUCCGCAGUCACUUGAGCCCCUACGACCUCACACACUCCUACCUUCAAACCUACACGGCCUGCCGCUGAGCUCCAUGCAGGCCGAUCUGCUGUGAUAUUAUUGGAGGGUACAAGCUGUAUAGUUGAGGUGAUGACGGAGGUGUGGAGCCAAUGAAAAAUGGACCCGGUUGGGGCACAGUGGAGGCGGUUUCUGGUCAAUCGCUUAAAAAGUAGAAGUAAACCGGCUAACUGCAACACAUGUGGCACCAUGAUGGAGGUUCACUCGAAUAAAUAGCUUUAUUGCAGGCCGCAUACAUCUUUCAUCUGGCUGAAGAGAAUGAUGUAUUAAAGCAAAACAAUGUAACAAUCACUAUCUUUGUAAUUAUAAGAUAAUGCUAAAACAAUAUUAUAAUUAGAUCACAUAGACAAAGUCAGUUUAUCUUAAAUUUGCUAACAUUCACCACAAUCUGUUACUGGCUACCAUCGGCUAACAUUAGCUACUGGGAAAUAUCAGCGAACAGCUACUGGCUGACUUCAGCUAACAGUAGCUACUGGCUACCAUUAGCUAACAGUAGCUACUGGCUACCAUCAGCCAACAGUAGCUACUGGCUACCAUCAGCUGACAUUAGUUACUGGCUACCAUCAGCUAACAGUAGCUACUGGCUACCAUCAGCUAACAUAAGUUACUGGCUACCAUCAGCCAACAGUAGCUACUGGCUACCAUCAGCUGACAUUAGUUACUGGCUACCAUCAGCUAACAGUAGCUACUGGCUACCAUCAGCUAACAUAAGUUACUGGCUACCAUCAGCUAACAGUAGCUACUGGCUACCAUCAGCUAACAUAAGUUACUGACUACCAUCAGCUGACAUUAGUUACUGGCUACCAUCAGCUAACAGUAGCUACAAGUCAACAUAUCGUAAGGUAGCAGCAAAACUCUCGAGUGUAAUGAGUUGAAAAACAGAGUUUUACUGUUUAUGAAGUUGGAAAGUUGCUAUUAUUUCUUCUUUUAGAAAACACAUAGCCUCUGUUUGAAGUGAGCCGUUGUAACUUUUGCUGAACAGCAGCCACACGUAACGAGCCAUUUCAGGAUAAUGAUAAAGGCUAACUGACUGCUAGCGUUAACUAACAUGAGCUAGGCUACCAUAAGCGUGGGUUUCAUUGCUGAUUAACGUUUGAAUAGUUAGAAGAAUGUCUUAUUUCUUUCAAAAGUUACAAACUCUCGGAAACUAAAACUGAAGCUUUGACCUUUCAAAAUGGCUGCCAACUGGUCCGUUAACAUCAUCUGAAAGCCGUCUUUAAAGUCCCGACUGUUUGGUCCAUGAGUCGUCCACUGUGCCAACUCCAACAGGCUCGCAACCCCCUUUAGUGGACAGUCGAUAGUCAAACUUUUAACCAUGUCUGAAUGUAUCGCUGAGCUGGUAGGAACACCACAUAAACAUAACGUGGUUAACGGUUUUAACAGUUGAAUAAUAUUGGAGCUGUACCACGUUAAGUUGUGAUAUCUAUUUAUCUACAGAGUCUUGAAUGUGUAUAUUGUGUACAUAGAAAGAGUUUAACUAAAAACAAUCUAUUGAAAAUACAGAUUUGACUUAUGUUGCACGGAUAUUCCUGUGUAAAGUUGUUCAAAAGGGGAUGGGCUUUUGCUUUAGGGGUGUAGGCUACAGGAUAUCUUAUGCUUUCCCCCCUCACAGUCUUGGACUACAUGAAAAAUUAUAUUCUGUCUAUUUUAUUAUGGAGAUCUCUUUGCCUUGUUGACAGACUUUACUUAAUGGCAUAUGCAAUAGUGAAAUGAAUACAAUCUAGUUUACAACCGUGGAACCAAAUGUAACAUUGCAUUGAUUAUUAAUUUCCUUCUUGUGGCGAGCACAAGCUGUUUCGCUCCUUGUACAUUUCUCUUUCUGCCAAGUGUUUUUGUUUUUCUGUCGUUGGGAUCUUUGUUCUUGACACGUCUCAGAGCUCUUUACCCAUUUCUGUGUCCAUGGACCGACAGACCGGUGUUGGAUUGACUCAGUCUGGAUGCGUCGUUGUCUUCCAUUGUACAUAAUUUAAUAUACUGUUUGUGAUGCUCACAAGAGAUGAUUAUAAUGAUUUAUAAAUUCUGGUAGUCGAGUAUUGCUUUUGUCUGUAUUGAUUAUGGAUAGCAACCUACAGAAAUAAAUGAAUUUAUUUAAAGAGUUA